UUGACGGGGAUUUUGAAUCCACGUUUAUUAUUCCUAGCGAUAAUGUGCCGGUAAUAUUUAUCCAAUGCAAGUGGAACAUCGUAAUGCAGUGUCGCAGCGUGAUUAUGUUUACGGUGUAGAUGCUGAAAUCAACUUCAUGACUUCAAAAGUGAUGGAGACGCGUUACUACGAGGGCUGCGGCCGGCAGGGCCCAAUUAGAUGCAUAUUUUUGGGCGAGUUUCACCCCGUUGCUGGACCCAAAAUUUCGUGUCAAUUUCCUGAAGACUACAUUUCCAAAGAAGUAUUUGAUACAAUUAGCGCCUACAUUAUUCCAAAGCCGCAGAUUCAACAAAAAUGUACGAUGACCAUAAAUGCGCUUGGGCACAAAAUUGUUGGUUAUCCUAUAAGAAUAGACAACCCGCAAUAUGAACGAAACAUGUACCUGUUCAACUUGUGCUUCGUGUGCGACAGCUGGUCUAAGACUGUACAAUAUGAGCCUGUUGUUAAAAAACUUGGUGAACAUUUGACAAUAAUGGAAGAAGAAACACGAUUUUUGUCUGGAGGGUCUACAAGACUGCCAACUCUCUUAGCACAUUUACUGCAUGAUUUGAAUACAUACCGCAAAGCAACAUUAGUUGAAGGAGAAACAGUUAUGCAUCUGAAAGUCCUUGAAGUCCGUAAGGACCCGCCUACUGUCCACGAUCACGAUGUGCCAGUGUUGGUAGCGUCUGUCGGUUUGCCCCGGCCCGGUCGUCCUCGUCGCACUGUUCCCCCGGUGAGCAAAGAGGGAAUGCCGAGCCAAGAACAUUUAGAUCUGGAUGACGAAGAGCCUUUCGAAGUCGACGUGGAUGCGGACUGGGACCUGACUACUCGACAGGUAAUUAUACUCGUUGUUCUCUUCGUCGUUAUCUUGUCGUCCCGAUAA